CGUCGCCGGGGAAGAGGCAAAAUGGCGGCGUCGGGGCGAGGUGCCUCUGCUGGGCGGCUGCGGGAGGGGAGGUCGUAUUCCUCUUAGCUUGGCUCCUGUCUGGGGUCCAGGAAUGUGGGGGAAGAGAAAAUGUGUACACUCCAUUAGGGUUGGUGGGAGUCCACCCUCAGCUCCAAGCCCAUUACUGUAAUAUUGUCUAGAUCCCACGAAAGACAGCGGAACAAUUAGGGAUAAAUAGAAGAAUUCAAAGAAUCACAGAUAAUUGGUCGUAUGUUUCUGUCACCAGCCGGCCAUAGCAGGCGCAGAAGAGCGAGAGGCUAUGGAUGAGGUGACGUUUCGGAGUGACACCGUGCUGUCUGAUAUCCACAUGCACGUUCCCAGCAAAAGGCAUCUUAUGGUGAGACUGAACACUGCCGGCCAGCCAGUAUUUCUCUCGCAGUUCAAGCUCCUUUUGAGCAAAAGUCGCCGGAAACUUGAGAAAAAAGAGAAAGACUUUAAAAAGCAAGACGCGAAGUGCCGGCAGACAUAUGGAAAGAAGUUGGAGGAGGAGGAGGAGGGUAAGCAAAAUGACUCCGCCGGGGAAAGAAAGGCUCCCGAAGGGAUUGAAGCUCUGUUGGACGAAGACGGGGAUCUGGAAGUUGUCCGAAAGCCUCGGUUGCCCAGCGAGGAAGCUGAGGAUCUUUCGAGGGACAAAGUAUGUCCCAUCAUUUUGACUAAAGGUAGAGACGUCUUGGAAGAGGAAGAGCACGAAGACAAGAGCUGCGACGUUAUUAAAAUAGAGCACACUAUGGCAACCCCUUUAGAAGAUGUUGGCAAGCAGGUCUGGAGAGGGGCGUUCCUGCUCGUCGACUACAUCCUCUCCGAGCGAGACCUGUUCAAAGACUGCACAGUGCUCGAACUCGGGGGAGGCACUGGGAUUGUCAGUAUCGCCAUGGCGACGGCCGCCAAGACUGUUUACUGCACAGAUAUUGGCGAAGACCUGCUGGACACGUGCAAACGCAACGUUGCCUUAAACAAACACCUCUCCGAGCCCGCUGGAAGUAAAGUUAAGGUCAGGAUGUUGGACUGGCUGCGUGAUGAGUUCUGCACUGAUCCUGAUAUUCGCUACAGCUGGUCCGAUCAAGAGAUCGCGGAGCUGCAUGACCUCACCACUGUGAUCCUGGCCGCUGACGUAUUUUAUGACGACGAUCUAACAGACGCUUUCUUCAGAACGCUGUACCGGAUCACCCACAACUUGAAAAAACCCUGCUCUGUCUACCUGUCGAUAGAGAAGAGGCUGAACUUCAGCUUAAGGCACAUGGAUGUGGCGUGUGAGGCAUACAGUCACUUCCGAGAUACCCUAAACGACCUGGCGAACAUCAGAGAUGGCAAAAUGAGAUACUAUGUCGAGCCUCUCGGCCUCUCCUUCCCUCAACAUAUUGUUUACGAGCGAGUCGAGCAGCUGGAGCUGUGGAAAAUUACAGCAAGUUCGGACCUCUGAAAGUGGCACUCCAGAGAAACAGCAAUAGACGCUGAAACUUUUCUACAGUUCUGUACAGAAUAACUUCCUUAGGGAAGGGUUUUUGGGUUUUUUUGUCUAAAAGACAUCCUCUGCGUCAAACCAGGAACUAAAAAACAGGGGAGGAUGGUUUAUAAAAUAAAUAAUAAUUAUAUAGUAAUAUAAUGAUGAUAAAUUGGUCUGGGGUAUGUGCUUGCUGAUGAAAUACACCCAU